CAAACAACUUUUGAGGUCGGCAAAACCUUUUUGAGGAAGAGGAUAGCAGAAAUAUAAUGUGUUUAGCUUUCAGGUUUUCUCGCAACGAACUAAGCCAUCCCAGGCAGAGCGCCGUAAGAACACAUUUCAUAAUUCUGAAAACACACAUAUACACACAAACAAACAAACAACAAACAAACAAACAAACAACAACACACACAUAAACGCAUAGCCUGUUUUAAACUAUGAAUACAUGCACAUCUAAACAGGGGUGUACAGAAAUUAUGUAGAUACGUCCGUUUGCCAUCAACAAUAGGAUUAAGAUUGUCACUUACAACACUUAAACCAAAUUCCAAAACGUACUUUUACGAAAGUAAACAUGCCGCCCUGGCCUCGAUACAAGAAGGAUAUGGGCAAGGUGACCUGACAUAACCGACUAAAAAACCUUUAAAACUCAAUGGUUUUAGAUGUAAAGCUACCAUGGCGAGACUAAAGUGCUGCCCGCCUUGACUGCAGCCAAUCUCUAUAUCACAUGCGCCCUGUACUUCACUAGCGAUAAAAAUCAAAACCGACAGACCUCACGUGCAGAAGUCCAGAGUUUACAAUCAUCAACAACACAGUGUCUGUGACGUGUGUGGCCAGUGUCAUCUUUCCUGUAGACCCCCAAUGUGUGUUGUACAAUGGUGGAUCCCGUGUCCAGACGUCCCUACCCCCCCAGUUAUGGCACAGAUACAACUGGGAGUGUUUCUGGACCUUCGUGCACGUUCACAAUCCAGGCCUCAGAGCUAGGGGCAGGAACUCACAGACUGUCAGUCAACAUGUACCCACAGUUUGAUGGGAGUGGAGUGGCAUACGGAAAUAUUAGCACCGUAUCUCCUGACGUCACUUUUUGUUAUCCCGUCCCUGAAAUCGUCAACUGUCCUUCCGGAGCAAAGGUCAGCGGUGACCACAUCAUGUCUGGGUCAACAGCCACUUGUAAAUGUCGUCAGAAAACUGAGGGUUUUCCUGCAGGCACAGUUGUUCUGUCUCAGGGCGGGUCUACCUUGGGCUCAGGAACUGUCGCCUCAGGGACUGUCAUCAAUCCUGGGAACAAUAACAAUGACCAGACGUUGACUUGUCGCUCUGAGUCUUCUCUGGGUCAAGCAGGUCCCUCUGUCUCCAAGAUCGUCAAGUUUGCCUAUGGACCAAGUAGCGCUACCUUGACCUUCUCACAGACAAACCCGUCAAGUUUGUGUCAAGGCCCCAGUCUCAGUGUUGUGUCCACUUGUACUGUUGACCCACGUACAGUAAACCCUCAGCCACUCUACAAAAUCUCCGUGAACGGUGCACGAAUAGACACAUCUGUACAGCACACUCUACAGUUACAGGGCGGAGCUCACAACAUCAGAUUUCUUGUUCAGAACUCGUUAUUUCCCGCUGAUCUCUUCACUGAUGUCACCGAGACGUUCAUUGUCAGAGUCCCUCCGCCGGGUCCUCCUGAGAUCACUGUGAGUCAGCCGUCGGUCCCCAGAACUGGAGAAACCCUGGUGAAGGAAAAUGUCACAACCAGAGUGCAGUGUGUGGUCCGAGGGGGAUAUCCUGCUACAAGUGAUGUACGACUGAGCUGUCCUAGUUCUCAGGCCGGCAGUUCAGGUGUGAGUUCUGUGGUCGUAACUAGGUCACAAGGGACACAAUGCUCGUGUACGGCCACUCACGAAAGUGGAUGUUACGACAAACGGAGUGACAUCACCAUCAAAGCUGCUUAUGGCCCAGAAAGUGUCAUGUUGGAGAGGAAAAAAGUGAGACCAGAAGAGACCGGAACGUAUAACCUGUGUCCGUCAGCUACACCAGAUAUAACCAUGGAAUGUUCUGUGGGAGUUGUCUACCCAGCAGCAAGUUUAACCCUCACAAUGACGCCAACAAGAACACAAACUGCUGAUGCAUGUACAGGAAACAACAACAAAUGUUCCUACAACUUUGUGCCUACAAGGGGAGGUAAUCACGAGUUCCGGUGUGACGCUGUCAACAACGCUUUUGGAGAUAUGAGAGGAGACAGUCCAACUGUACAGGUCUAUGUGCGAGAACCUCCCAAAGUAUCCCCAAAACUGACCCUCAACGGUAAAGAUUUCACUGGUGCAACUGCAGAUAACAGCGUUGUUUUUGUUGACGGUCAAGAAAACAGUAUCGUUUGUCAAGUUGAUGGGGGAUUCCCGAAGAUCUCUCCCUCUGACAUCUACGUACAGUGUGACGGUGAGAACGUGACAGAUGGAAGGGUUGUGUUCACACCUGAAAGAAACGCCACCUACUGUACUUGUCGUGCACAACAUCCUAGUGGAUGCUACGACUUGUCCACUGAAGUCCUCGUCAUUGUAAUACUCCAGAACAAGACGCAAUCAGAUCAAAGCGACGAUCAGAUGACUAUACCAGUUGCAGUAGGGGCAGCCUGUGCAGCUUUUGUCCUUUGUUGUAUCAUCACAGGGGCUGUGUACUGCUAUUUAAAGAGGAAAGGCUGCUUCCAAAGGCUGGCUAAACAUAAAGAAGAACAGUCUGGGAUGACACGGGAUAACAAUGGCCAUCAAGAAGAGAAUCCGUACGUCGACGUGGAUUCGGUCCACAUAUCGUUACAGGACAUCCACACCCCGGUCCUGAUUGGAAGAACCAUGGCGGAAAUCAUUACACCUGACGUCACACAGACAGACGGUGACGGGAGACGUUACAACAACGUACCGGUGAAGUCACCGGUGCCAACCGUUGGAGAGAAAGGCCAUCAAGAAGAAAAUCCGUACGUGGAUGUGGAUUCAGACCACAUAUCGUCACAGGACAUCCACACCCCGGUUAUUACACCUGACGCCACACAGACAGACGGGGACGGGAGACGUUACAACAACGUACUGGCGACGUCACCUGUGUCAAGAACGAGACAGAAAGGCCAUCAAGAAGAAAGUCCGUACGUGGAUGUGGAUUCAGACCACAUAUCGUCACAGGACAUCCACACCCCGGUCCUGAUUGGAAGAACCAUGGCGGAAAUCAUCACACCUGACGCCACACAGACAGACGGUGACGGGAGACGUUACAACAACGUACUGGUGACGUCUCCGGUGUCAACAGCUGGACAGAAGAGCCGUCAAGAAGAAAGUCCGUACGUGGACGUGGAUUCGGACCACAUAUCGUCACAGGACAUCCACACCCCGGUCCUGAUUGGAAGAACCACGGUGGAAAUCAUUACACCUGACGCCACACGGACAGACGGUGACGGGAGACGUUACAACAACGUACUGGUGACAUCACCGGUUGCAACAUCAAAAAAGAAAGAGCGGCCAAAAGGAAACCAGUAUGUGGACGCAGAUAUGGACCUGAUCAACGCAAAGAACGCUAACACCAAGAUCUUGAUCGGGAAAACCACUGCGAAAACCAGUACACCAGACACCCGACAGGCAGGUUACGAUGACGGGAGACGUUACAACAACGUGUCGGUGACGCAACCAGAGUCAGGUAUGGGUCAGAAAGAUCAGUAUAUGGGCUUUCAACCUAAAGCGGAAUAUUUUAAUGUAGACAUUGAUGAAGACGUGGAUGGUCACUACUCCUCGCCCAGGAACAAUGCCCCAGUAAAGGGAAACUAUGUGAACGUGCAGAGACAUGACAAGAAAUGACCCAGUCCAUAAUACAAGGAGCACCACUGCAAACCUUACUGUAUUCGCCACCUGUGGACGUUCCUGGAAGACACCGUUCAUUUCAAAAUCUUAUGAUAUUAUUUAAUUUACGUAAGAAAUAUAUUAUUCUCUCUGUCUCUCAAAGUUCAAUGUUCCCUUUAAAGAUUUUGUAUAAUAAUUAUC